AUGAAUCUUCAAAAACUUCAGUCGCAGAGAGAAGGUCAUAAGAGAGUUAUCAGAAAUUAUAUUACAAAAAUCGAGGAUGCAAAAGAGAGAUCAGCGCUGAUAGAGUUCGACGCGAUAUUACAAUCACUUGAGUCAAAGAUUAAAGUCACUGAGACAUUGAACGUGAAGAUAUUAUCGCAAACAGACGUAGAAGGGAUAGAAGAAGAAAUAGUUAAAGCAGAAGAGUUUUCUUUAGACAUAGAAAUCAACCUGCGACAACUGAGAGCUUUUCAUGAUGAUCAAGGGGAAUUGAGAACCGAGAGGCAUCCGCCACCACAACAUCCCCAAGAUAAUCAGCCACACUUCAGUGAAGUAGAUAACGUAACACCAGCCAACCAAGGGUCGCAGAUUAACAACCAGUCUGUAAGUAAUAUUUCUCCGAAUUCCCAAUACCACAGACUGGCGAAGCUUUCACUUCCAACAUUUAGUGGCAACAUCUUAGAAUGGCAGACAUUUUGGGACUCCUUUGAGUCGACAAUACAUUACAAUGUUAAUCUCACAGAUGUUCAAAAAUUUAGUUAUCUAAAAUCUCAACUUGAGCAUACUGCAGCCAGAGUUAUUGAUGGAUUCGCAAUGACAAAUGCAAAUUACACUCGUGCCAUCGACCUUCUAAAAGAGAGGUUCGGACAGCAACAUAAAAUCACUCAUGCAACCAUGCAAACAUUGCUUCAAUUACCUGCGCCUUCCAAUACAUUGUAUAGUCUUAGACAUUUCCAUGAUAAAAUGGAGACAUAUAUUCGUGGUUUGGAAUCCCUAGGUCUAUUUCAAGAGACAUAUGGCAGUUUAUUAGUGCCGAUUAUUAUUGAUAAGUUACCAGAUGAAAUGAGAAAGCAUAUAGCUCGCGAACAUGGUGAUAACAACUGGCAGCUCGACGAACUUAGGCGUGCAAUCAACAAAGAAAUUAACAUAAUGGAAGCCGGGGAUUCAUUAAGUACAGCAAAUGUUGAUGAAUUUGGACCAACAGCGUCAUUUUACACAGGAGCGCGACCAAAGAAGAACAAAUCAAACAUCAUCAAACAGGUAAACUUUAAUCAUGUUCAUAAAAAUCCUAUUCGAUGUGCUUUUUGUGAGGAAAGCCAUAGCUCAUUAGAAUGUCAGAAAUUUAGUGAUGUUAAUGCUAGGAUGAGAAUAGUUAAACAGAGAAGACUUUGCUUUAAUUGUCUCGGAAAACAUCAAGUGUCAAUGUGUCAUUCAAAACAUAGAUGUCGCUACUGUCAAAAAAAGCAUCAUAGCAGUAUCUGUAACAAACAGACAGUUACAAGCCUUAACAAUUCAACACCGGAAGUACAUGAAACAGAACCGGAAGCACCCGUGCUACAUUCAUCGUCACGUCAUACAAGCUCAGGUGUAUUACUGAAAACGGCUGUCGCCACAGUGAACUCUAUGGAUACAUAUAUGGAUGCCAAUAUUCUUUUCGACGAAGAGGCUCAACGUUCCUUCAUCACAGAGGACUUAGCACAGAAACUACACGUACGCCGUGAGUCUACAGAAGCACUGAAAGUGUCAUCUUUCGGAAGUACAAGUAACAAGAUACAGUAUUUAGAUUGCGCAACUGUGUAUUUAGUAGCCGACUCUCACCAGAAAAUACCGAUACGUGUAUUGAUUGUGCCGACAAUAGCGACACCUAUCAGUAAUCGCGCUCAUUAUGCUGCAAGCAAAUUACCAUAUCUUCAGGGUUUAAAGUUAGCCCAUACCGUCACAGAUGAUAGUCCAUUCUCAAUCUCAAUGUUGAUUGGUGCAGAUUUUUACUGGGACGUAAUAGAGGAUCACAUUAUCCGCGGAAAUGGACCGACUGCCGUAAAAUCGAAAGUCGGUUAUCUGUUAUCCGGACCGAUAAUCGAAGCUGACAAGCGUGAGCACAUAGACCACAUAUUUAAUGUUAUAACAUCACAUCGUGCGGAAGAAAGUGAUUUGGAACGAUUCUGGAGCCUGGAGAGUAAGGGUAUUACAACUGACCCAGUGGACCAGAAGCUCACUGCUUACCUAGAACAGUACCAGCAAACAUCGAUAGAAUUCACUGAUGGUAGAUAUUCUGCAAAACUUCCAUGGAAAGAAGAUCACCCGCCAUUGCCGACAAAUUAUGAGAUUGCCAGGAAGAGGACAGAAAAUACUAUCAGAAGACUAAGUAGUCAACCUCAUAUUCUGAAGAAAUAUGGAGACAUCAUUACGGAUCAGGAACAAAGAGGAUUCAUUGAGAAGAUAGAUAAUUCAGCUGAUACCCCGUCGCAAGUACAUUACAUUCCCCACCACCCAGUCAAGAAGGACUCCCCCACAACACCAUCGGAUCGUAUAUGA